AUGCCAAGUACAGGCCCCAAGGAUGAACGAUCAGCCAAGGAGUGGAGAGAUCACAUGCUGACGAAGAGCCCUACUUUCAUGUUCUCGUACUUCGGUACUGAUCAUCAUCUACCAGGUACAAAGUCUGACUUGCUGCAUUGCCUUGAGCAGCCUGACCAACCAGAGCCACCAUCAGCAUAUUGCUGUAAAGUCUUCGAUGGAGCUGUCAUCGUCCACUGUCUGCCUGUUAUCGGCAUCAAUGAACUUGCUUACACUCGUAACAUACUCGCAUUACUCGUAACAAGCUCGUACUGCACUCUUAACUUGUUUCAACUCGCCACCUUCAAUAAUACGCGAGUGGUAUUCGAGGUUCGAAGAGUGGAGUACGAGCACGACGAUCGUGCUGCGAAACAUGCCGAGUCAUACCGAGUUGCCCACCAGUACAUACAUAACACCGCUGCACGUCUUAUCACUCGCACCAGAAAGCACGACCACAUCACUCCAGUCAUCCGCACUCUACAUUGGCUCUUAAUUCCCCAACGUAUCCAAUUCAAGAUCCUUCUCCUCACGUUCAACAUCAUCCAUCAUCGCGCACCAUCAUACCUGAUUGAACUGAUCUCACCCAAACAGACUACCGGCAUGAACCUUAGAUCAUCAUCCAGACCCCAGCUCGCACUUGGUCCUCGCACCCACAACCGCUAUGGUGAUAGGGCCUUCUCAGUCUGUGCCCCCACUCUUUGGAACACACUCCCCGCCCAUAUCCAGGACUCACCCACCAUUGACAUUUUCAAAAAGAAUCUAAAAACUCAUCUAUUCCAAAAGCAACCCAAAUAA